UCUGUCGCCAGCCAAUCACCUUCCCAAUAUAUCCAUCAGAUUUUCUGAAUACACAACAUGCCUAACACUCCAGCCAUUGUGUCACUGGUUCUGUUGCUAUCAUGCUUGGUGGCGACCGGUGAUCAGCAUGCAACACCAGCAGCGUACAAGCUACCCCUAAUCGUCCCUCUCAUCAGGGACACCAACACCUCCCUCUACACGAUCGCCAUCAAGAAAGACGAUGCCCCUCUCGUCGUCGACCUCGCCGGCGCUCUCGUCUGGUCGACGUGCCGGUCGUCGACGCACGCCACGGUGUCGUGCCUGUCCGGCGCGUGCGGCGCGGCCAACCAGCAGCAGCCGCGUCGCUGCCGGUACGUCGACGGCGGCUGGUUCUGGUCCGGCCGCGAGGCGGGGUCGCGCUGCGCCUGCACCGCCCACCCGUUCAACCCGGUCACCGGUGAGUGCUCCACCGGCGAUCUCACCAGUUUCGCCAUGUCGGCUAAUACCACCAGCAGCGGCACCAAACUGCUGUGCCCGGAGGCGUUCGCCACCGUCGGCGCGUGCGCGCCAGAGCGGCUGCUGGCGUCGCUCCCCGCCGGCGCCACCGGCGUCGCGGGGUUCUCCCGGCGGCCGCUCUCGCUGCCGUCGCAGCUCGCCGCGCAGCGCAGCUUCGGCAACAAGUUCGCCCUGUGCCUCCCCGGAUUCGCCGCGUUCGGCGACACGCCGGUGUACAUCGGGACGGAGAGUCUAGGCAUCGUCAACUACACGGAAAGCCUCCCGUACACCCCGCUCCUGACGAACCCAAGAAACCCCGGCUACUACCUCCCCGUCAAAGGCAUCACGGUGAGCUGGUACGGGCGGGACGUCCCGGCGUCCCUGCCAGCCGGCGCGCUCGACAUGGACGCCCGCACGGGCCGCGGCGGCGUCGUGCUGAGCACCACGACGCCGUACGCCGUCAUGCGGCCCGACGUGUUCCGCGCCUUCGCCGAGGCGUUCGACGCCGCCAUACGAGGAACGGAUUACGCCAAGGUGGUGCGCGUGCCGGCGGUGGAGCCCUUCAAGCUGUGCUACGACGGCGCGUUCCCGUUCCGGAAGCGGCCGCCGACGUGGGACGUUCCGACGAUCGACCUGGAGCUCGCCGGCGCCACGGGCAUCUGGAGGUUGUUCACCGAGAACUACAUGGUGCAGACGCCGCGCGGGAUGUGCGUGGGGAUCCUCGAGAUGGAGGCCGGCGGCGGCAUGCCGGUGGACGGCGAGCCGGCGAUGGUGCUCGGGCUGAAGCAGCUGGACACGAACCUUCUGGUGUUCGACCUCGACAAGAUGUUGCUGUGGUUCAGCGGGGAGCUGUCCUUUCGCUUGACGGGCUGUGUGUCGCCCUUUUGAGCCUGGUUCUGAACGUCUGACGUCCUGAAAUGGCGGUGUUUGUUUGUUUUUCUUUUAAAUUUUGAAAUAUGGAGGUGUUUGUUUCAGUUUUGUACAAAUGUUGAACAAACUCUCGGCAGCCUUCAUAGAGUUUCACUGCAGCACUAAAAUGCUGUUUUAUCAUAAAGAUGUAGAAACGAAGAAGGUGUUGACACGUAAAAUUACAGAAGGUUGCUGCCUCUGUAUAUCUUUCGAUCACAA